ACUAGCUUUUCUGCCGAUUCCAUGGGUGAAACCCGCCGAGCACAUAGAAAGUCCCGAAACGGAUGCAACGAAUGCAAACGUAGACGAAUAAAGUGCGGCGAAGAGAAGCCUCAGUGUUAUCAAUGCGCAAGACAUAACAUCACUUGUAAAUAUGCGGUGUCUAAAACCGCGCAUACUGAACGUAAUGCUUCUGCGUGCCCUUCGGCGUCAUCUGAUAUAGGCGUGCGGUCUGCUGAACCGCCGACUCCAAUAACCACCCCAGGACAGUCCGAUCCAUCGGGGCGCGUCGGCAGCGCAAGCCCAGAAAACUCAAACGGUCCGCUUUUUGACAUGAAAGACCUCAGCCUUCUACACCAUUGGAGUCUGACAACCAGCGUGUCCAUUAUCAACGCACAGAAGCUAGAUGAUAUGUGGCAGCAAACUUUUCCCCUAAUUGCAUUUCGGCAUGAUUACGUCAUGUACAGCAUCCUCAGCCUCAGCGCAUUGCACGUUGCCUACUUGAACCCUUCCGAUAAGCAAUCUAGUUUGAACGAUGCUGCGACUUAUCACGCCAAGGCCCUGGAUGGAUUCAGAAGAGACAUAGAUCAUCUCAGCUCCGCGAAUUGCGAAGCAUUAUUCGCAAACGCGAUACUAGUCUUUUUCUACGCUUUUGUCACAUUCGGAAAAUUACAUGAUCCUGUUGGCGAUAGCACAGGCGGACCAACUCGAAUAGCACGAGUCCUUGGCACUGAAUGGAUUCCGUUGAUGCGUGGUGUCGUAGUAAUCCUACAUGCUGCUCAAGAGCAGAUCAGUGCCGGACCUCUACAAACACUGCUCAUCAUAGGGAAUUGGUUUGAGCUGCAACCUGAUCCUGAUUCCGACCCAGACGAUAAACGACUUGACCAGAUUCGAGAGAUCUGGGACCAAGGGGAAUAUGCUGCCGUUUACGACGAAACACUAGAUCUCUUGCGUAGGUGUCGCAUGUGGAUGGCGCAGUUUGAACAGCUGGAAAUCAACGAUACAUCACAAUGGGGGCAUAACCGGAAGUGGGCUGGGCCAUUCAUCUGGGUUCUUAUGGUUCCGCAACAAUUCUUCGCACUAUUGGACCAACGGCAACCUUCUGCUCUGAUAUUAUUUGCAUAUUACGGCGCUACUAUACAUGCUUUGCGCCGGUUUUGGUGGAUAGACGGCUGUGGUAAAAGCAUUGUGGAUGUUGUUAAUGGGUGUUUGGGCCCAUACUGGAGUCGCUGGAUGGAGUGGCCAAAACAAGCUGUGCUUGCAGUAUAA